UGCGUGUAUUCGCCUCUCCUCUCCUCUCCUCCUCGCUCUGUUGGGAAAGAAGAAAAUAAACCCGCUGCUGCUACUAAGAAGGCUAGUUAUGGAACCGAACCUUUAAACGCUCAUUUCCUCCUCUGUGACUGGCCAAGAAUUGGUCGGCCGGCCUGCAGUUUUCUUACCAGGGCAGAAAACCUAUAACAUUUGGACCCCUAAACCCUCCCUCGUUUAAAAAAGAGAAAAGUCAAGUUGAAGAAGCGAGCCAGGAAAGGAUUUCAUUGGCUGUGUAUUUGCUUGCUAGCCUCCACCGCUAACCGGAGCUAAGGAGCACUAGAUGAACUUCGCAUGGAGCGACUGCUGCGGAUCAUUUUGGAGUUUGCUGUUUGACUAUAAGCUUUUCUUUGGGUUUGGAGCUCACUGGAGUCUGCUUUACUGAAUCGGAUAUAACUCCCUGCAGCUUAAAGGCAGCAGUUGUGCGAAUGCCGCUAUAGUGGUCUUCGCCAUCCCGCUAUUGAGCUUGAGAUCCACUGGGAAGCUAACAGGAUAUUAGCCACCGUCUCCCUUCUUCUCUUUGUGGUUGCAGGCCAGGGACUGUUAAGCAUUCAUCACUGAGCUGGGUGCUGGAAAUGCUGGCUUGAUGGCAGCUAAUUAUUUAUCCGGGAAGCAACAACUGGAUGCAGUUUAAGCGAGAAAAGGAAACGUUUGUUGCAAAUGCUGAAGUCCUGAAACUGCGUUUGUUACUCUAAAACGCGUCGCAGCGCUGGAGCUUAUUCCAAGUUGGGAUAAGGGGGGGCACACAGAAAUACGGGAAAUAAAGCUAAGCCCAGUGAGUUAAAAAAACAAACAAAUACAUGUUAAAAGAUAAUGUCUACUGCAAAGGAAAACACCUGUAGGAAAUUCCAGGCGAACUUCUUUAACAAGAGUAAAUGUCAGAACUGCUUCAAACCGAGAGAGCUGCACCUACUGACCGACCAGGACCUGACCCAGGCCAAGCCUAUUUAUGCUGGAUGGCUGUGCUUGGCUCCUGAGGGAACUGACUUCGACAAUCCAAUGCAAAGAUCCCGGAAAUGGCAGCGGAGAUUCUUUGUGCUUUACGAGCAUGGCUGUCUGCGCUUUGCCUUGGACGAGUCGCCAAGCACGCUGCCUCAGGGCACUGUGAACAUGAACCUCUGCACAGAUGUUGUUGACGCAGAGCCCAAGACGGGCCAGAAGAACUCGCUGUGCAUCAUCACCCCGGAACAGGAGUACUUCAUCAGAGGAGAGAAUAAGGAGAUUAUCAACGGGUGGAGCGAACAGCUCAUUGUAUACCCUCGAACUAACAAGCAGAACCAGAAAAAGAAACGAAAAGUAGAGCCCACCACCUCCCAGGAGCCGGGUCCAGCAAAGGUAGCCGUGACCGGUUCUGGAAUCCCUGAAGCUGAUAAGGCUCCAGACUCGACUUCCAUCAUCUGGCAGGAAGAGCUGAACCAGCGGGAGGCUGAGAAUGCAGCGGCCUGGGCUGCUGCUGACCAGACGUCGGGAUCACCACUGCCCUCUACAGGUGACUGUGUGCCUAUUGGUCAGGGCUCUGAUGCUGGGUCAGUGAACGGCGAUGAAGUAGACCGUAGCAGCCUGCCACUGCAUGGCUCAGCUCCUCAAGUCCCCAGCAGCCCUCUCUCUCCAACCGGUUCCUGCUCCAGUUUGGGAGGUGUUCCGCGCUGCCAGUCUCCAGCACCCAGUGACCCCUUUCCCUGCGGCAGCUCCCUGCUCUCAAACGGCUCCCACAUCAGUGGCUCGGUCAGCUCUCUGGACUCAGACGCCAGCGGCAGCACAGUCACCAGUACUGACAGCCACCCAGCAGGUCACAGAAGCGGCCACCAUGAUGUGUCGCGCUCCAGACGGCUGGAAGCUGAGGCCAGAAAAGCUGAGAAGAGGAGCCGGUUCAGGAGCCCCGACAGACAGGAGAGAGAUGCCGUCCUCAGUCCCGAGAGAAGUCGCUCCGGUGUUAUUGAGAAGUUGGAGGCCUUGGAGCUGGAGAAUCCUGAGAAAAUGGAGGUGGAGGAGACGGAGAGACGUGGAGCCAGACAGGGCCGCAGUGAGCACAGACGCCUCUGCAGAGAGGAGCAGAGGCAGGACAAUUACGAGGGUCUGGACUUUCCCUCCACCCUACCCCCUCUGAGGAGAGCCAAGUCUUUGGAUCGAAGGACCACAGAGUCCGUCAUGACGCCGGACUUGCUUAACUUCAAGAAAGGCUGGAUGGUGAAGCUGGACGAGCAAGGCCAGUGGAAGAAAUACUGGUUUGUUUUGACGGAUCACAGCCUGAGAUACUAUAAGGAUUCAAUUGCAGAAGAGGCCUCUGACUUAGACGGUGAAAUUGACCUGUCCACCUGCUACAAUGUAACCGAAUACCAGGCUCAACGCAACUACGGUUUUCAAAUUCAUACCCAGGAAGGAGUUCACACUCUGUCAGCCAUGACGGCAGGCAUACGCAGGAACUGGAUCCAGGCAGUCAUGAAGAACGUGAGACCUUCCACUGCCCCGGAUGUGGCCAGCUCAACAGAAGAUCAUGGCUCCUUCUCUGCUUUGGAUGGUCUUGUUAGACCAGAUGUAGCUCAGGACUCGCCCUCCUGUGAGGCUUCUUCAGUGGAGAGAGAAUCUGCUCCUAGUGUCAUAAAAAGCAGAGCACGAGAACGAAGACGAGAAGGCCGCUCGAAGACUUUCGACUGGGCAGAGUUCAGGCCCAUUGCGCAGGCUCUGGCUCAGCAGCGAGCGCAGGAGGCCGAGAGCCUCCAGGCAGAUAAGGGUGACCUCGAUCGCAGUCAGAGGAGAGAGGAGAGACGGAAGAGAUACGAGUGUGCUACCAGCUCUGGGCACACGUCUGUUACAGAUGGAGGGAGGAUAGACUGUGAGGGUGUUGAUGGAGUUGUACAUACAGACUCUGUCAGUCCCACAUCUUUGGAGCAGCAUCAGAUGGUGGAGGAGGUGAUCGAAGAACACUGGCGACAGGUGGAGAAGACGCCCAUUCGAGAGGAGAGGAGGGUCCCUCUGCCCACCAGGGAGACCACAGAGCUGGAGCUGCUGCUGGAGAGUUACAAGCAAGGGAUAGAGGACCUGAAGGCCCAGUUGGAGAGCUGUCACCAGCAGCUACUUGACUCAAACAAGCACAAGCAGGAGCUGGAGCUCCAGCUGAGGAUUGCUCUGGAGCGAGAGCAGGAUAUCCGCUCCGGUUACAUCUCCCCGCUGGAGCACCCUUUGGGUCUGGAGGCUGAUGUGACGCCUCAGACGAAGAGGCCCGAACCGGCCACCUGUGAGAGGGGCUUUGCCACCAUGGAAGAGUCCCAUCAGAAGGUGAUCGAGGAGCUGCAGAGGAAAUACCAGAGAGAGCUGGAGAACCUGAAAGAGGAGAAGGAGAGACUGUUGGCAGAGGAAACUGCAGCUACAAUUGCUGCUAUUGAGGCAAUGAAAAACGCUCACCGGACGGAGCUGGAGAAGGAGCUGGAUAAGGUACGCAAGGCCAGCAGCAACGCUGAGAAUGCAGAUAUGGAAGAGAUCCGGAGACAGCAUGAAGAGGAGCUGUGUUCCUUCCAGCGGGAGAUCGAGGUGUUGUCGGAGCAGUAUUCCCAGAAGUGCCUGGAAAACGCCCACCUGGCCCAGGCUCUGGAGGCCGAGAGGCAGGCCCUCAGGCAGUGUCAGAGAGAGAACCAGGAGCUCAACGCACACAACCAGGAGCUGAACAACCGUCUGGCAGCAGAGAUCACCAAGAUGCGCUCCAUGACAUAUGAGGAUGGAGCGGGAGAUUCAAACACCACAAUCCAGGGGAAGGAGCUCUAUGAAUUAGAGGUGAUGUUGAGGGUGAAGGAGUCCGAGGUCCAGUACCUGAAGCAGGAAAUCAACUCCCUCAAAGAUGAACUCCAGGCUGCUCAAAGAGACAAGAAAUAUGCAACAGAUAAGUACAAGGACAUCUACACGGAGCUGAGCAUCGUGAAGGCCAAGGCAGAGCGGGAUCUUGGCCGACUCAAAGAGCAGCUGCAGCUGGCUCACGAGGCGCUUGGAGAGCCGUCGCUUGAGGACCUGGAGCGAGGAGGAUACGAUAUAAUGAAGUCCAAAAGCAACCCUGACAUCCUGAAGAUGGCGGCUGCUGCAGCCAAACGCUCGGAGCGCACCCUGAGGUCAAAGAGUUUGAAGGAAGGGCUGACUGCGGAGCAGAGACUGCACCUGUUUGAAAACAAAGACGCUAAGGAGUUCUGACAGCGCCGCGUCACGUCUGCCUGCCGUGCUGCAUGUUAAGAAGUCCACUAUAUUUUAGCUCUGCUACGACGUAUUUAGAAACACUACACACUGGUCACUAAACACAGAUCAUAUAUGUUAUUAAAGAAGACACGCUAUGAAGUUUGAAUUUCAUGCACUUCAGUUAACUGUGACAUUUUUGUAUUUUUUUUUUUCCCUUCUAUGUCUUAUUGUAAAUAAUGAUUUUAAAAAGAGCAUCUGCCACGCAUUUACUAAACUCUGACUGUGUAAGCUACUGUUUUAACAUUAUAGAUUGUUGCUAGCCAAUGACAUUAAGCUGUAAUGUUGACUGGCUAAACAAAACAAAGAUGCAUAUUGAGAAAUAACUCUAGCAUAACAACGCCAUAGGAAUGAGUCCAGUGUUCAGUCUGUCGUGGCUUCCCUGCACCUUCAUCGCAGCACACGUGUACGUGUUGCUCCGUAAACGAGCUUUGGAAUGAAAAGUGCUCGGCUGCAUUAGACAAGCCCCCAUCCAUGCUGCUUUUCUGGCUGUUUUCCAAAUUGACAAACAUGUUAAAUUUACACAAACCUAAUGUUCCUGGAAAGGUAAACAGAAUGUUUAUAGACAGAUUCACUGACUAUAAUUUAAGUACAUAGAUUAAAAGCAAAAGUUUUCUUUUGUUUCGCUCUCACAGCAAUCAUUGGUCCAGCUGUAUAGGAGUUGCUCCAGUUGGUUUUUGUUUGUAAUCUUGUUCUGUGGCAGUCCCUUUGUAUUUAUUUAUAUGGCUGGGAUUUUUCUUUUACAUUCCCAUUCCUCUGUACUCUAUUAUUGUAAAUAUAAAGCAAAUAUACACCAACUGACUACAGGUUUAUUAGCAAUAAAUAUUUUUGCACCCUU